AGUACGCUGUGGUGUUGUAGUGGUACCGUGGUAGUACCAGACCUGGUGUUGUAGUUGUAGUGGUACCGUGGUAGUACCAGAGUAACCAGAGCCAGUUUUCUUCGCGACGUGCCGGAGGAAAGCACGUUUGUGACUCCGGUCGGUUUUGAAUCUCUUGCGGGUAUAGGUACCAGUUUUUAAGUUAUGGUGACGUGUUUGUUGAAAAAUUACUCGAUUGUGAAAUAGUGUGUGUUGGUCAUCUGUGUUUUGUUGUACGCUUCGUGUUCAGUGUUUGAUUUUCGAGAUAACAGGACGCAUUUUAGAAGAUAAACAUUUGUAGUGUCGGUCUGUGCCCAUGAUUUCUGCAGGCGUGGAGGGAAGACUGCCUUAUAUGACUUAUCCAGAGCCUUGGAGAGGUCCCCCGAAACAACCGUCGGAGUUGUUUCUUCGGCCUGCUCCGAAGCCCUUGCCUCCAACAACAAGUAGAUAUAAUGGUGUUACCACCACGUAUCCCAAUGGCACCCGACUAGCCCCACCGCCUCGACCAGUCAGCAAGUAUCCCUCACCACCAGCCACGAUCACUGCUCCCGUAAAUCUAGUUCAAUCCAAAGAGGAAAUCACAGAAGAUAUGUCACCAUACAGCACUUACAGGAUGUUCCCCCCAACCCCCCAGUACACACACUUCCCCUAUCCCAACUUGUGCCAACCUCCCUACUUACAAAUGAGGACUAGUUUCGCUACGACGCCCUUAUCUCCUUUAGAUACGUAUUCUCCAACGACGCCGACGGUGACGGCGUCGUUCCUUACGCCACCAAAUUCCUACAGUCCUCCGACUAGUAUAAAACCCGUGAGUACUAGUUUGAGGCCGACGACUCCUUCUGGAUUGAAGUCGGCGACUAUUGUGAGGGAUCUGAGGGAGAAGAAGACUCCUCCUCUGCAGACGCAAGUCAUCAACGCUCAGAACCUCAAUUCACAAAAUUCAUCGUUUAAGGUGCCUUCAGGUAAGGAAGGUUCAUUGAAGCACAGAAUUUUGAUCCGACCUGAUGAGGUCAGCCCCAGGGGCGGUCCCUUAGAUCUCCAAAAAUCCAUAGAGGGAAGAAAGCGGCUCCUGGCGACGGCGGCCAACACGACUGCAACCAUGUCGCCACCUAGGUCACCUAGAAAACCACCCUUAAACAACAAUACCAUAACUGGGAGUUUUGCCAAAGGAUCUUUAAUUCAACUGCACAGCGGUGAGAUGAGGAGGAUAGAAGAUUUGCGGACUGAAGAUUUCAUCUUGUCGGCUGCCAAAAGUGCCGAGGUUAAGUUGGCGGAGAGUACGGUUGUGAAGAUCGAGGAUAACCAGCAGCUGGGCAACACUACGAUUACGCUUACCUACAAUAAUAGGCGAGAUCAGGUGGGGAUAGAAUCGACGCUGGAGCAACCUUACUUCGUGAUGGGCCAAGGUUGGGCGUCCUGCAGUCCUGAACGCACGCAACGACUCUUCGGUUUGAAGGUGCAUAAGUUACAAGUGGGUGAUGUUCUCAUUUCCCUGACCCCCAGGGAUAAGACGCCGAGCAUUUCCAGGACCGGGACAGGGACGACAAUCAUGACAACGGCGACGACAACGUCGAUGACAGCCAGGCAACAGCAACAACACCCCGUUUGCACAGUAACGAAAACACAAAUACCAGUUACGAAGGUUGCCGUACAAACAGUACAAACUCAGCCAAUGAACUUGCACCUUCCUUCGAACUACCCCCCACAACCCCUCUCGCCGGACAGCCUGGCCGCCAGGAAAAGAAGGUGGUCGGCUCCCGAUCAAAUAUGUGAUGAAGAAGAACAAAAUAGUGCAAGAAGACACCGAAUCGGAUGAUUUUUGUACAGUGACUAUAUAGUAAUUGUGAAUAAGACUUCUUAACUAAUUAAAUUUUUGUAGGAAUAUUGCUCUAAGAAAGUUUAAAUGUUGCUUCUUGAAAUUGAUAUUACUUAUUGUUGCCUUCUAGGCCGGUACUCCUACUCGGUUGCGAUCAAACAUUACUAGAGAUGGGUUGUGAUUUUGGAGUCUGUGAUUUUGGAACCGUGACAUAUUUUCACCGAGUCAGUUAUCUAGCUACAAUUUGUAAAAACAUUACGCAGACUAAUCUGCACUAUGCAGUCCACCCUAUAUAGUGAUGACCGUGCUAAUAACCGGCAGAAUAACGCAAAAGAUGGAAAACAUAUUAAGUUGUGAGAUAAAAAGAAAUUAACCUAGUGAAGGUGGGAAAUAUAGCGACAAACCCUAUAAAUUUAUAUUAUAUUUAUUGUUCCCACCUUUAGACGUAUCGGACGAGUUUGGCAACUGCCACUGUGACAGUGGCAGCUUUUGUUGACAUACUCCUCUGAUACUUCUAAAGAUGGGAAACAAUAAAUAGAAUGUAAAUUUAUAGGUUUUUAUCGUUAAAUUUCCCACCUCCACUAGUUUCAUUUCUUUUUAUCUCACAACUUAAUAUAUUACGUUUUACAUUUUUUACGUUAUUUUGCCGGUUAUUAGCGCGUUCAUCACUGCAUGGACCAGUCAAGUUAGCAAAAAGUAAGCCUUUUUUCGUCAUAACUGUAUUAGGCCUGGAUCCAGCGACCAAAAAAAAAGUUUAUUAAUAGUCCAACAGGUAGAAUAUGUCAAAUGACAGGAAUUAUGCUGGUGGUAAAUAACAUUCUGAUUUUUGCAUGAGAGUUUAAUGAAAGGGUAACAAAUCAAUUGGAAGUUCUGUCCGACAAAAUACUUGGAACGUUUUCGUAAUCUGACGUUCCAAAUUUUUAAACUGUUCCACAAUUAAAACUUCCCCUGUUCCCGUACAUCAAAGUUUGUCCGACUAGACACCGUUAAGCUAUUAAUAAACUAUCACCAUGAUAUUAAUUAACUUUUUUAUAAUUACUUUUUUUUUGAUAAUUUGACUGAAUGGAUCUCAAUAAUCCGGAGAUUAUUGUCUUCGUUAUAAUUGUUUCAAAAUAAACGGAAUAAAUAAAAUAAAGAUGAAAUAAAAUAAAAUUGAUAACAUGCUCCUCCAUACAUUUCUUUCAGUAAUUGUCUUUAUUCACGUGACCUAUACCGCUUUGGAAAAGUUAGUUAACAUCAUCUAGUUUGAAAGUAAUAUUUCUUUGAACCAUAUCGUCCCUUAGCUUACAACACCGCAUAAGUCAUUUUUACCAACUUUACAGAAGACGAAAAAAACUACUUUUUGAAACACGGCCUAAGUUAAAAAAAUACCGUUAGUAAACACCGCUUAAGUUAUUUUUUCUACAACCGUGUUAAAAAUGCAAUUUGUAGCACUCCAUACGAGCGUUAAAAAUGCUACUUUAAGGCACUAGUGCUUUAAAAAAAUUUUAAGGCACUGCAGUUCGUAUUGACCGUAUAGACAAUUUUGAUGUAAUGUCAAAAAAAUAUAAAAAUGGAAUGUCAGUCAAGUUCAAGUAAAAGUUUUUGUAGAUAUUGUCCUGUAAUUACGUUUGUAGAAAAAAUAUUGUAUGAUAUGCGUGUUAAAAAGUACAUUUUUAAGGCACUCGUGUGAAUUGCAAACUGCAAACUUUCACAUGCGUGCCUUAAACGUGUACUUUUAACACUUAUAUCAUAAAUAACUAUUAUUAUCAUUUCUUUCUAUAUUAAUACGCGUAAAUUAAUAAACAUUACUUUAUUAUAUAGCUUACCUCUUAAUCUUCUAUAAAAACUUCUUGGAUACUGUCUAGACUUUUCAGCAGUAAAACUCACGUACAAACAUAUUUAUAAUCACAGAGCGACUUGUGCGGUGUUGACCAUGAUACAGGUGUUGACGACUUGCGCGGUGUCACUACUUUUUGAAUUACGGCAUCUUCUUCUUCUUCAGGUGCCAUCUCCGCUACGGAGGUUGGCAAUCAUCAUAGCUAUUUUAAUUUUUGAGGCAGUAGCUCUAAAUAGUUGUUUUGAGCUGCAUCCAAACCAUUCUCUCAGGUUCUUCAGCCAUGAAAUUCGUCUUCUGCCGAUGCUUCUUCUGCCAUCUAUCUUUCCCUGCAUUAUGAGUCGCAGGAUGCCAUACUUCUCGCCCCGCAUCACAUGUCCGAGGUACUGUAGUUUUCUUUCUUUAAUUGUCAGUUCAACUUCCUUCUCUUUACCUAUUCUUCUCAGUACUUCAUUGUUCGUAACUCUAUCUACCCAGGAAACCCUCAUAAUUCUUCUAUACUCAUAAUUCGGCAUCUGAUUGACUGAAAUCUAAAUCAUGUGACAAAUGGUUAGAUGCGCAAUGAGCAGACCUUUCCAACGGUAUGUAUAUGUCAAAACCGUUAAUUUUCAUCUUGAGCGGUGUUGUAAGCUAAGGGACGCUAAGGGAUGCUAAAAAGACGCUUAGAAACGGAAUAUACCCACUAAUUUUUCUUUGUAUUUCUAAUGCACUAAACCUUUUUUACUCAACUCAUGUUUUAAAUUUAAGCAAAGAUUUCUACGCGCCGCGCGCUUGUUUCGCCGCAACCGUUAUACACACUUAGCGGUAGACUACUCGAAAGGCAUAUUUAAAAUAUCUGGGUCUAUGUUUUCAGUGAGAUAGAAACCAUCUAUCGUUAUCAAAAUAUUCUAUUUUUGAAGAAUUCCAAUUCAUUUAAGUAGUUUUUUUUAGAAAAAUAUUCCAAAAAUAACUAAGACAUUUUUUCAACAAAAAAAAAUGCAAAUUACUCAAAGCGGGAAGCAUUUUUCCAAAAAUUACCAAGAGAGAAAAAGUGUUUAGUUCGAUGACAAGCGAUUCGGUGAAAUUGUUUUUAUAAGUUAUUUAUUAAUAACAAUUACAGGCCUACUUGAAAAAAUAAAAAAAAUACAUUUGAAUUUUCAAAAAUAUAUAGAAUCGAAUACAAAAUGUUUGAUGCAUUGGAAAUGCAAAAAAAAUAGUCGGUAUUUGCUCUGCUUAGGGGGGUAAACAGUUCACCUAUAUCGAUAAGCUAUGUAUAACAUUUAAACAAGUUGGCUCCCAUGUGAAUCACCGGUGAUACAGCAGCUUCAGUCGCUUUUAUGCCGGCAUAAAUUUUCAUAGACUUAAGAAACCAAGAAAGUUGAUCACCGGUGAUACAUAAUAUAUGUAUCACUGGUGAUCACCAUAUUAUAGUUUCACAACGCAGAAUCAUUGGUAGCCAACGGGUUUGUAAUCAAUUUAUCAUUCUGCGUAAUUCUUUUACAUAUCUGUACCAUUUGAUCAGAUGAUGUUAUGCCCAUUUUUACUACUUUAUAGGAGAGACAAAAAACCGUUUAUGGGAGUUUGUGUUUAAGGUUUUACCUAUGAAUUAGCAAUUUUCAGAAUAAAUAGAUAUAUGAAUCUAUGGGAUAUGUUACAAUUUAUUUUACGGACUCGAAAAAGCAGAACAAGAGUUUAAAAAUAAAAAAGAAAUUUGAAAAAAUUGCAAGUUAUCAUGUUUUGACCAAAUGAUUAUUGUUAAAAAUAUCACUUAUUAUCUUCCUAUUCUGGAAUUAUUUGACGUUUUUGUGGAAUUUCUUCUUCCUCUUCUUCUUUAUGUCAUCUUUAUGUCUUUACUAUGUCUUCAUCUGCAAUGAAGGUUGGUAAUCAUCACUGCUAUUCUAACUUUUGACACUACAGCCCGAAAUAUUUCAGUUGAGCUGCAUACAAACCAAGAUAUAUUUCUUCUACCUAUGCUGCGCCUUCCUUGAAUGUUUCCCUGCAUUAUUAAUUUUAAGAAUUCAUAACUGUCACCACGUGUUAUAUGAUCUAAAUAUUGUGGUUUUCUUAUUUUGGUGGAAUCCAGUAUCUCCCUGUUGUGCUGUAUUUUUCUUAGUACUGUUCAUUGGUUAUUCUGUCUGCCCAGGAGAUUCUCAACAUUCUUCGAUAUGUCCACAUUUCAAAUGGUUCCAAUCUAUUGAGACAUUUUUUAAUAAGAGUCCAUGUCUCCACAACAUACACAAGAAUAGAAAAUGCAUAACACUUUAUUACUCGUUUUCUAAGAUUUAGGCUGAGGUCUCUACUACAAAAUAUGUGUUUCAUAUUAUUGAAUGCACUUAAUAAUGAAUUAAUACAACUUAAUUCCACAAAAAUACUAAUUUAUGACUUAUGCAAAAGUGACUUGUACUAACACUUAACACUAUUUGACCACAAUCAUUGUGUGAUAACAAUACUUGAUAAUCUGAUCACGCAUAAACAAAAAAAUGUGCAUUUAUCAUUGAACAACCAAUGCUUCCAAUCAAAUUAUAUCCGUCGUGCAUUCAGCAGGCUCUGACUAAACGAAAACGAAUGUUGUUUUAAUUAUUUUUGCACAAUCAACACAAAAUGACCAAAUAUGCAGUUAGCACCGUCUGACCAAAUGGUACAGAUAUUUAAUAUGCUCCUACUAAGCAUUGAACCCCACAAUGUUAAAACGUUGGACAAAAAUGAAAAUAUAGUCAAAUUUUUAAAUUAGAUAAUCAAUUAGAUAAGUAAAGAAAAAAAAUACAAUUGACGUAAUCGGUGAAACUGCAGUGACAAAUUAUCACGGUUCACAACCAAAAUGACAGACUACAAGACAUAAAUAAAACAGUUUUUAUUUUCAAAUUGAUGUAAUGGUUAGGAUAAAGAAUUUGUAUUUGUGGUAUUGUUCAUGAAAAACUUUAUGCAUAGGAGUAUUGGUCUACUAUUUUUGAUGGAGCAACUAAUGCAGAAGGUGAGAUUGUUUAAGUCGUACUACUGUAUAUUGAAUGAUACUUUCUAUACAAUUUUUUGUAUCUAAAAUUAUUGAAAAUAAUAUUUUUGUAAAGCCGUAAAUGGUUUUUAAAUUAUGAGAGGAGUUCUUUAGAAGUAACAGCUGGAAUGUUGGAUGGAUUAUUCAUCUGAAGUAUUUGAUUCUUCAAAGUAUUUGUAGACAUGCAAUAGUUGUCAUGAUAUGUAAUGAGGCUUUUUGUUACUUGUCUACACCAGUGGUUCCCAAAGUGUGGGUUGUAACCGAAAUUCUGUAACUGACUCAUAUAUGGCACAAGUAAAACUAUUUUUCUCAGUUAAACAAUACCAAGUAGUCGCCAACUAAUUUUUUGUCAAAAGGGGUCCACGAUCUAAGAAUGAUUGGGAACCACUGGUCCACACGUUAAUUAGCUAUGGUGUUAGUUUUAUUUGCUUUCAGUAACCACCUCUCAUACAUUUAAGAUCAUUUAUGAAUCUCUUAUUGUAAAUUUGUAUAUAAUCAUCUGACUGGUUGUGUUGCUCCAUCUCAGUGAAUUUCAAAAUACGCUCUAAUCAUUGGUGCAGAUAGAAAAAACGUUGAAAAGAUAGUAUAGAUUUAUUUUUCAUGACAAUACAAAAAUACACUCACCGGCAAAAUUAACCGCCUACCUUGUAUUUCUUUCAGUUUGCAGAAAUUGUCAACCUUGGACCACAUUUUAUGAGAGAUACGGUAGAAACUACCUAUUGCCGUACCGGUCCGAAAUAAGAAUGAGGUAACUGUAAAUUUUGUCAAUUCCUGUUUAUUGCGUAAUUAACUUCUAAAAUACUGUAUACAGAUGAUACAAAAGCGACAGAACUGUAACUAUGUGCUAAGCCACCACAGGGUAGUUGCGUCGUUUUUGAAAUACGCACGAUUUUAGACCUUGUUUCAGAUGAAGAAUGACGCAACUGUAAAUAGGGUUGAAAAUGGGGAGACUAAAUUACGAUAAUGAAAUUUGGAACAAUAGGGAUGAAAAUAAGAGCCAUCGCUGUGAGAAGAAACGGCAUAAUAAAUAUUUAAAAGUAGUUUUUUUGUACAGAAAAAUUUUCAGAUCAAGAAUGACGCAACUGUAGAUGGGGUUGAAAAUGGGGGGAUUAAAUUGACAUAAUGAAAUUCGGACCAAUGGGGAUGAAACUAAAAGCCAUCAUUGUAACAAUAAACGCCAUACCGAUGCUCCUGGACGAUUACUCUUCAUUGAAGACAAGGAGUGGGAAGAGUGCAGGGAAAUCAUAAAAGAAACAGCUAAAGAAGUAUUAGGCAUAGAAAGUAAAGAAAGAAGAACAAGAAUGACUGGUUUGACGAAGAAUGUCAGAUUAUAACAGACAGAAAAAACAGAGCAUAUUUACUGAUGCAACAGGGGCACAGAACCCGACAAGCAGAGGAAGAAUAUAAACAGCUACGCAAAGAGGAAAAAAAACUCACCGAAGAAAAAAGAGAGAAUAUAUGAACAAAGAACUGCAAGAACUAAGUAGAUCAACAGAGACAAGAAAAUUUUAUCAGAAACUGAACAAAAGCAGAAAAGACUUCAAACCGAGAACAACGAUGUGUAGAGAUAAGGAAGGUAAUAUAUUGACAGAACAGCAAGAGAUACUAAGAAGAUGGACAGAACAUUUUGCGGAAAAACUUGAAGGAGAUGGGAGUGAGACGAACCCUGAUAUACCAUUAGACCAAGCAGACAACAGAGAAAAGAGUCCACCAACAAUAGCCUAGAUUAGAACAGCAGUAGACAAAUUAAAGAACAAUAAAUCACCGGGAUCGGAUCAAGUAGCAUCGGAAUUACUGAAGGAAGGAGGAGACGCACUACAGAAAACAAUACAUGAGUUGAUAACAAAGAUAUGGUCAAAUAAACAGCUACCAGCGGAGUGCAAUAGCGGUAUUAUUGUACCAUUACAUAAAAAAGCAAAUCAGUUAGAAUGUGGAAACUACCGUGGAAUCACGCUGCUGAAUGCAGCAUACAAAAUAAUGUCCAACGUCAUUUAUGAAAGACUUAGACCACACGCUGAAAAAAUAGUUGGCAGGUACCAAAGUGGCUUCUGUAGACAGAAGUCGCUUCAUCGCCUAGAAGAGGCGAAUAUUUAUUGCCAAUAAAAGUUACCAUGGCUUAAUUCGGCAACCAAGAUCAGAUAACGUAACAAGAAAAACACAAUGCCAAAUAUACAAAACCUUAAUAGGACCGGUACUCACAUACGGCUCAGAAACCUGGACACUCACUAAAAGAGAGGAAACAUUGCUAGCCACCUUUGAAAGAAAAAUCUUGCGACACAUAUAUAAGGGCACAAAAGAAAACGGUAUUUGGCGAAGAAGGUACAACUUUGAACUAUACAAAAUAUACCAGGAUCCGGAUAUCAUCACAUUAAUUAAAAUAGGACGGCUGCGUUGGAUGGGACAUGAAGAAAGAAUGGAAGAAGGCGAAAUACCAAACAAAAUAUUCAAACAGAUGCCAGUAGGAAAAAGAACAAGGGGAAGACCAAAGCUGAGAUAUUUAGAACAAAUAGAAAAUGAUAUAUUAACCUUAAAGAUAAAAAACUGGAGAAAAAAGCAUGAAACAGAUCAGAAUGGAGAAGAAUCCUGGAACAGGCCAAGACCCAGAAAGGUUGUCGAGCCAGUGACGAUGAUGAUGAUGAUAGGGAUGUAAAUCAGAGCCAUCGCUGUGAGAAUAAACGGCAUAAUAAAUAUUUAAAAGUAGUUUUUUUGUACAGAAAAAUUUUCAGAUCAAGAAUGACGCAACUGUAGAUGGGGUUGAAAAUGGGGGGAUUAAAUUGACAUAAUGAAAUUCGAACCAAUGGGGAUGAAACUAAAAGCCAUCAUUGUAACAAUAAACGCCAUACCGAUGCUCCUGGAAGAUUACUCCUUAUUUAAUCCCUAUUUGAAAUAUUUAAAAAUCGUUUUUUUGCUCUCCUGAGAAAUUUGGCUUUUUGCAGUUACGUCAUUUUUAUUCCGGACCGGCACUAUGAGGAAAAGAAAUAUUUUUUUUUCAAUUAUUUUAUUGUUUUCUUUUCCUCAAACGUAGUUUUCACCGUAUCUUUCAUAUAAUGUGGUCCAAGAUUGUCAAUUUCUACAAAUUGAAAGAAAUACAAGGUGGACGGUUAUUUGUGUCGGUGAGUGUAGCAUAAAAUUACAUCAGCAACUGUUAAAACAUACGUAAAAAUGUGAGAACUGGAGUAUUAUUAAGAGUGAUAUAGUUAAUAUGACAUGAACAAUACUGAUGAAGGUUUUGUUAUACCUGUUUAACAAUGGAAACAUGACGGAUGAUACCGUCAAUGGAAAUAUGACGGAUGAUACCGUCGUUAUCGAUCUCAAAGAGAAUCGUGUGAUAUAGGACUGCUUUUAAUGUUCACAAAGAUCUGUUUUUUAUUUACUACGAUUGUUAAUUUCCAAUACAUUAUAAUGCACGAACUGAUCCUAACUUCCCUACAUCGGAGAUCCAUUUUAAUUUUCGGUAUAAUUAUUUCUAAAUGACAGGCUGACUCGUCUGAAGUAACAAAAUGAAACUUUUCCAACACUAAAAUCAUUCAGAAUAAAUAAACUGUCCUAAUAAAACAUGUACCUUAUAGCUUCUCCUAUGACAGAGCUAAUGCUAACGUUAGUCCUAAAUAACGUGGUUAAACGAUACACAUUUGGCGCCCAACGUGGGACCAAUUUAUCUUCAUUAACUUGUAAAAUCAGAGUUUCCAAAAAAUAUGACGUUCUGUUAUGUAGUGAUGAAAUUUUUCUUAUGAAAACUGGAUAUAGGUACUCAAUUACACUGGUGUGAUCGGUACUCACCAGAAGGACCGCAGACGUUCGGAUACAAUUAGCGUCUCUUUGCAAAGACGAUGAAAUCGACUUUGCUAAGUAACAAGACACUUACUCAACACACACACUACACAUUACACUAGGUACCUGAUUGGAAAAAUCACUGUACCAUGCCAAUGGCCAUUAGUUGUCGAGGCAUUAAACUAAAUAAAAAAAAUUACACUUGUCAACGUGAACUUUAAGUUUGAGUUCGGUACCUCUGAUUUUAAUUAUAUAUUACUUGCCUAACUAAAGAAAGAAAAAAUAUUUUUAUCUAAGUUUGCUUUAGUACUUACCAGAACGAAAUUUCAAAUUUUAUGAAAACACUCGUGUUUUUUAAUUUAAAUUAUAAAUUAUUUUUAUAAGUAAACAAAUUUUUAAUUGUAUAUUUUUAUUAAUUUUAAUUAUAAAAGACGGCAGAUAUAAAACCCAUAAAUAAAAAAAAACAAUACAAAUAAAACUUUAAAACAUGAACAAUUUUGGUAUUUAUUUUGUGUAAACAAGGACUGAGCCAGAAUGAAGAGCUGUUUUAAGCUUCUUGUAGAGUUGUCAAACAAAAUUUUUUGGCUUCCACUUUAAUGAAUUCGCCACAAAUAUAGCAAAAACAGUCCACGUCAUUCUUACACUUUUUGGAAGACAUUUCUAGGCCUUGCCACAGAUAAAAUACGUUACUCCACUGCAGUGCUCACGCGUACACUACCAUGUUAGUGUGCCACAUCUCGCUUCACACCCACAGUCCCCCCUCAUCCCUUUCUGGCAUCUUAAAUACAACGGAUCCUCAAAAAAUCUGCCAAAACACCGUAUAUUUAUUUUUCAUUAUCUAAAGGUACAAAAGCAAACUUUAUUAUUAUUUAUUGAGUUUCUGCUUAAUUUUAGAUGUAUAUAAACAGAAAAUAUUUACUGAAUAACAGACUAAAAAAAAAAAAAUUUGUUGACCAGUGUUAUUUUAUUCGCUCUUAUAUCUUCCAAAUGGUCGGGGAUGUGUGACCCGAUAAAUCCAGCGCGCAACGAAAAGAAGUGGCAGGGAACUUCCAAGAUAAAAUGAUUAAUCAUGAAAGGCGGUAAACUUUUUUGUAAGAUAUCCAACGAGGAAAUUAACAAAUAACGUAACAAAAGAGCCAAAAGAUGUUCAGUCUGCGUUUACUCUGAUCAAAAGUUUUUUGUCACUUCAGACACAGAUCAGCCUGUCAAGUUAUCGCAUCAUUUUUGACAGUUGUUACUUGGAUGUAGGGACCCUUAAACGUUAUGUAGAGCUAGAGUUUGUUACUUAUAAAAUUUAGGCUAUUCUGGAAAGAUUGUUUCUUAAGAUGGUUGACAAGUUAAUUGUAUAUUGUUUUGCUUGAUGCAAUGUUUAUAAUUUCCAUGUGAAUUCUUGGCUGUGAUCCAGUAAAGUAUAUGUGGAAUGUGGUUACUUCCCUCCAUGUCUUAGUGCUUAAGAUCUAUAUUAAAGUUGAAAUGUGCUUAAGAACUCAUUCUGCGCUUACCACUCAAGGUACAAAAGGCAAAAAGGACAACUAGAGUUUAUUGUUGACAUUUAAUAAUUUAAGAGACCUAUAUCAUGGGUGUACGAACAAACAACCCCUGGACAAAUAAUCCCGGACAAAAUAUCCCCACAAAAAAUUCUGACCAAAAAAUCCCCAAGAAAUAUUUGCUGCCAUAAUAGUUCUCAAAAGUUUUCCCGUGAACGCAAUCAACGCAAAUGUUUUUCAGCCUCAGCGCAUGAGAUUAAAGCAAUCACCAUAAAACCGCUUUACGGCACGAAAAUAAUGAUUAGAAAUUAAGAUUAAGGCUACGGCUCCACGAGCGAAGUAUUGACGCUAGCAGUAGCAGUAAAAUGAAGAGUGAUAAAUGAAACCAACAGCGAUAAUACUGGGCGGUUCCACGAUGCUGUAAACUGUCGCUCAAGAUCGGUAAAAACGCGUCGUCAAGGUCAUGUCGCAGAUGGAUAGGUCCAGACCUAUUUUUACAGUAAUUUACAGGGGCGGAGGUAAAUUGAGUCCCAUAAGUAUAUCUAAAUUAAGAAGGGUCAAAAUAUUUAGAUGGUCGAAUGAAUCCCGGGCAUCGUAAUCCUUCUAAUUACCUUUUAAUAGCUUUUAAUUCGUAAGUAUUUUAUUGGUUAUGCAUUUAUGAUAAUCAAAUAUAAAAUGUAAUACAAACAGUGCGUUGGAAUAAGUGUUACCCCCCUUAUUAACUUAUUUAUUUUGAGCACAUAAGCAAAACGCUGGGAUAGGUCGAUUUUUAAAAUAAUCAUAGUAUAUUAUAGCAUCAAUGUUUCGAACUUUACGCGAUCCCUUUUCAGGUGACAGGCAUAACUUUGAUUUUUUUAAAUGGGAAAGUACAUCAUGUGACACCUCAUUUAAUAGCUUUUGAAAUACUGAUUACAAAAAUGGAUAAUACUUUAAUCCUAUUUGAGACCGUAGGCGCAAAAUUUCGAUCGAAGUCUUUUUAAACGCAUUAAUUUUUUUCAAAUCCUGAGAAAACCAAUAUGUAUUUUUGAAAAAUUUAAACACAGAAUGAAAGAUAACAUUAAUACGGAGGGCUGAAAAGUCCUUAGAAUAAACAAUAAGUUUCAUUUGAAUGAUAUAUUUGAAAUUAAAAAUCAGACUAUAUUUUCUCUUUUUUUUACCCCUGUGACUUAUUUAAAUAAACAAUAUAGAAGUUCUCAGGGGCUUUUGACCCUCGAUAAUACUGUAAUAUUUAAUUCUGCGUUUAAUUUUUUCAAAAAUACUUAUUAGUCUUCUCAGGAUUGGAUUCAUUAAAAAAAAAUGAAUGCAUUUAAAAAGAAUUCGAUCGAAAUUUUGCACCUACGCUUUCAAAAAGGAUUAAAGUAUUAUACAUUUUUGUAAUCAGUAUUUCAAAAGCUUUUAAAUGAGGUGUCACAUUAUGUACUUUCCCAUUUAAAAAAAUCAAAUGUAUGCCUGCCACCUGAAGAGAAUUCGCGUAAAGUUCGAAACAUUGAUGCUAUAAUAUACUAUGAUUAUUUUAAAAUUCGACCUGUCCGAACGUUUUGCCUAUAUGCUAAAAAUAGAUAAGUUAAUAAGGAAGGGUAACACUAUAGAGCUCGAUCUAUCUGUAUACGUUACGGUUCGAGUUGAUUGCCAAAAUGAAUUCUGUGAAAGUUGUUCUUAGUGAAAAAGGAUAACAAUUGAUUGUGUUGAAUGACUUCAAAUAUCGUUUUCACAAAUCUUUAAAAAAUGACGGCAUGAUGACAAGCGUUGAAUUUGUUGUGCGCAGACGAAAGAAAAAUGUAAAGCAAUUUUAAAAACCCAAGGGGACAACAUAGUGACGGAAAUUAUUAUGGAUGACCACAAUCAUUGUGAAUUAAACGAAGAUGUGCUCAAUCGUCAAAUGUUAAGUAACUCCUUGAAGCGAAAGACCGUAGAAGGUGUCAGUGGACCUAUAAAAAUGGGUGAUAUGAAGUCCCGUCUGCAAAAUUAGCAUAGACGCCCUUCGGUUUUUUUUAAUUAGUACAAUAUUUUGUUUAACAUGUAUACAGAAAAAAGCUCAUUUUGGAGCCCCUCAAAUAGGAGCGCCCGCCUGUAGUGCAUCCAUCGCAGGCCCGUUAUCGCCGACCCUGCAUGAAGCCACUACAAACCAAGAUACGGCGCUAUGCAUGUUGUAAAUUGUCGUUCUCGUGGAGCCAAGAUUUUACAGCUGUGCUGCUGCCGUAAUUUUACCGCUACUGCUAGCGUCAAUUUCUCGCCCGUGGAGCCGUAGCCUUAGCAUGAAUUGUAAUUUCAAUUACCAAAUUGCGAAUUCCAAUUUCCUAUUCCAACUGGUUUUCCCCAGUACCGAUUCAUGCCGAAAACUUUUUUAAAUUUUACAUGACAAAAGAGUAUGAGUUUUUUCAAAAAUCGUGGAAAAUAUGGAGCAUGAGGUAAGCCUGUGAGAAUCAUGUAAUUAUUUGCUUAAAUCUUUGUCUUACUCUGUUUUGAAUAACUGUUCAAAACAUUGCCUAUUCGUAUUAAUUGCUUAUCAUUAUUUUCGUGCGAAAAGCGGUUUUAAUGCCGAUUGCGGUACUCUCAAGCACUGAAAAACAUUUACGUCACAGGAAAAAUUUUGAGAACUAUUCGACAGCAAAUAUUUCUUGGGGACUUUUUGUCCGGAAUUUUUUGUGGGGAUAUUUUGUCCAAAAAUAUUUGUGUGGAUUAUUUGCCCGGAACUUUUUGUGGGUAUUUUUUGUCCAGAAAUAAUUUGUGAGGAUUUUUUUGUCCGGGAUUAUUUGUCCUAGGUGUUUAUGUAACAAGUUCGAAAAAAUCUUUUUUGUAUAAAGUUUAUGGUAUAUAAGGUUCAACAUAUUAUAAAUUCAAAAUAGUGGAUUUCUUGAAACUGUCCCAAAAUUGAUGGCGACCAUGAUUUUGUACUAAAGAAUUAUCUGAAACAUAACAUUCACAAAAGUAGGUAUACUAGUAACUGUAGUGUGAACAAAAAAAAAACAAGGUCUAUAAAGAAAUAACUAAAUAACGGCAGUAUAAAGAAAAAAAAUUCGCAAAAAUUUUUGGCAGUUUGACAACCAAACAAGGCAGAAAAAAUUAAAAUUAUAGCAUUAUUUUAGUUUAUGCAAUAGGUACUCAAAUGUGUGAGUACCUAUUACAUGUGUGAGUGGGUAAAUGUUUAAAAGGAUCCAUCAAAUAGUUUUUAAGACGUUGGUAUAAUCCUUUAAGUUAUUUUUCGAUAAGAUAACCUUUAAAUACGUUUUUCUCAAAAUCACUUUUUACAUACGGCGACCACGAUUGUUCAAAAACUAUUUGACUUUUGACCAAUUUGUCACUGAAUUGUAUCUGUGCAUGAACUAAAAUAGCGCUAUAAUUUUAAUUUUUUCUACUUUUUUUCGUUUGUCAAACUGCCAAAAAGUGCAAAAAAUCUAAAAUGCUGCAAUGCAGUCAUUUCUUUAAAGAACUUGUUUUUUAUUUUUUGGUUCAUACUACUAUAGGUUCAUACUACUAUAGUUACUGUGAAAAAAACGUUAACAAAGAGAAAUCUUUGUGAAUUUUAUGUUUCGAGAUACUUUCUUAGUACAAAAUCAUGGUCGCCGUUAAUUUUGGGACAGCCACACCAUUUUGAAUUUAUAAGAUGUUUAAUAAAAUAAGUUUUUUGUUGUCAUUUAAAGAGUGCAUUUAUUAUAGAACCAAAAAUAUAUUAUGGAACCUUAUAUAGAUACCAAAAAAGUCACACAAUAAGUUUUAAAUAAAUAGCUUUUUUUAAGUUAAUUAAAAAAAAUUAUAGAGUGCAAUAAACAUAAUAUAAUAUAUUUAUUACUGAACAAGAUGAAGAAUUAGUAGUUAAAAAUUGCUCAGCAGUAUUAAUAUAAAUAAAUAUUUAAAAAAACUAAGUACGUACUAUUAUGUGUUCUAAAUUGUGUACGUACUAUUAUGUGUACUAUUAUACGUACUAUUAUGUUUACUAUUAUGUGUUGUAAAUGGCUAUUUAUUUUUCUGAAAUGUAAGUAUUUUAACUUGUUCGAUGUCCAUACCGUAAACAGACCUCAACUAUUGAUUAAAAACUACCCAAAACUGUUUAGGUAGUUCUUAAUCAAUGCCUCAACUGAGGUGCCCAUUCUGUAACGGUUCAUUUAGUAAGGCAAUACCACCGCCGACACUCGUGCGUCAUCGGUAAAAUCGAUGAAACCCUCGUGCCGACACACUUUCGGCGUGGGUACUGACCGAGUUAAAUGAAAAACUUCAUAAUUUUGUAGUACAGAGGAACAAUAUUGUCCAAAAAAUGGACUAAACAAAAAGUUAUUAUUUGUAUUUAAGAUUAUUUUUUAUUUUUCCUUUAAAAAAUUUCAAAAUGAAUUUAAAAAAAUCAAAUACUGUGAAUAUUCAAAAAAGAAACAGCAAACAAGUUUUUUUAAGUCGUAACAAUAUAGUCAAUACAAAAAACUAAGAACAAAAUACCAAAAAUACUGCUGUUAAAUUUUAAAUUUUAAUUUUUCAUUUAAAAUUUAUUAAUGCACAUGACAAUGUAUACUUUAGUAUCCUUUUGCCCAACUAUUUCCCAAAGCAAUGUUUUAAACCCUUACUGUGUCUUUUAUCAUUAUGUAUAUCAUUGUCACGUUAUCAUGCCAAACUUAAAAUCGAUAUUAAAUAAAAAGAAACCUGUAAGGCACUCGAUGGCCUGUGCUAUAAUAUGUAGAAGGGGGUAGCUAUUGUUUUCGCGCACCUUUUUGCAUUGAGUUUACAAUAAUGAUUUUCUUGUAUACAGUGCUUUUUGUUUAUUUCACGAGAACUAUUACAAAAUAUAGAUAUGGCAACACUGUAACGCUGACAUUUAAAGAAAUAACAAAGAAGUGUACACUGCCACAAUGUUGUUUAUAUUAAGAAAUUAAACAGGUCAUUUACUAUUUCUAGAUCUGUCAUAUGUGUGCUAUUAGACAUUAACAUAUCCUGAGAAUACUGCUUGUCUCGUUUAUUUUCAACUCGGUCACUUUUUCAUUCAGUAUAAAAAAGUGAUGGUUUUUGGAACAUGUAUCAACGAAUAUAUACUUUACGUCUAUAUUCUUUGCAUGUAUCUUCAUUAUCAAGCAUACUCUUAUAACCACGUACACAUUCAGAACCACGUACACAUUCAGCUUACGUACCUAGCAAAAACUAUGAAAGAAUAGCUACCUCUCUCUAUCUCUAAUCGCUACUGUCCAUGGGGAUAGUUGGCUAAAUCAAAUGUCAAAACGGCAACAGAUGUAUGUUUUCAAAAACUGAUAGUAUCUAAAAAGUAUUUAUUAAAAUCAGCUAAGUACUUUCGGCAUAGCAAAUGCCAUCAUCAGAGCUCCCUCUUAUAGGUAAGACGAAGCUCUGUACUCAUAAGACGAAACUCUGAUGAUGGCAUUUGCUAUACCGAAAUUACUUAGGUGAUUUUGAUACAUAUUUUUUACACACUAUCAGCUUUUGAGAACAUACAUCUGUUGCCGUUUUGACUUUUAUGGGAGUGUGUUCGAGUCAUACAGUCUUUUUUUUAUAAAUCAAAUGUGCCCCUCUAGAUAAGUUAAAUAUAUAUUUAUUUUUGUGCAAUGUUAUUUUAAAAAAUUAUGUGAUAGUAAUGUGGAAUUUUAUUAUUAAAAAAUGUUUUAUCUAAAAUGUAUAGUUUAUAAAAAUAUUAGUUUUUAAAGCACCCCACCAACAUUUUAACAGUUUGGCUCUUUAUUAAGAAGUAUAUAAGGGUCAGAAUUAUGUUUCAAAUGUCUUAUGACAUCAAAUUGCUCAAAAUAUACCUAGUGUAUACUGUAAAAAUGAAAAUAAAACAAAAAAGCAACACAUUAUUUGUAGUAAAUUUCCACGAUUUUUAAUAAUCUUCUUUUAAGUUCUGCAAUAAAAUUGUUCUGAAAAUUCGUCUUCUUAGUUUUGGUAUAUCUGUCUGUGUUUGUUUGUGUUUAUAUAAUAGGGCUUUUCAACGAUUCUCAUUUGUUUCGAGCUUCUGUCAUAUGUCGUAUAUUAAUAUUAUUAUACACAGAUUAUACAACAUAUGACAGAAGCUCGAAACAACUGAGAAUCGUUGAAAAGCCCUAUAUGCAAGUCAGUGUUUACCACAUUCGUCCAAAUUGUUGCAAGCUUUAUAGUCGAGGCGAAACGGGCGGGUUCGUUGGAAGAAAUAUUCAAAUGAGAUUUUUUUGCAUAAUCACAUUCGUGAGACACCCCAGAAUAAGGUUCAAGAAGUCGCCCACGCGAAAAGUGGUCCAUUUUUUUAAAUCAAAUUGCAAAAAUUAAUAUUUUCGGCCCGGAAUUUUUUUUAGAUUUUUCGGACCAUUCUGGAGAGAAUAGGUCUCUUGUAAUUUUUCUCUAGAGUUGAUCGUGUUCGAGUUAUAAGCAAUUUAAAAUUUGAAAAACGCGAAAAUGGCCAUUUUUAAGACUUAAUAACUCGGUUAAUAGUUAUUUAAGUCUGUAAAGUUACUCUUUAUCGAACAAGUCUGAUAUGAGCCGAGCGAGCGCAGCGAGCAAGGCGAAUAACAGACGAGUUCGAUAAAGAAUCUUUACUGACGUGGUGCAUACAAAAUUUUAUCGCAUUUUAUAUUGGUUUGAACACUUAUGGACUUACAAUUUACAAUUUAAGAACUUUUUUUUAUUUCAAACGUCAAUAAUAAUUUCCUGAGAGUGAUGACAGAUAACUUUUGCAAGAUGGUUGCUUUCGAUUUUUAAUCGAUAGUUAUCGUUAUCAAUAUUGAAUAAUAACUAAACCGGUAAAGUUUUAAUUUAUUUUAUAUGAAUAUAUGUAAUUGCAAAAUAUGUACUACAUAAUUUCACUUUUUAACAUAAAUUUAAUUGAUAAUAUCUCAAAUUGUGUACAAUAUUUUUAAAUAAUUAAAGUAAAUAAAUUGUAAGUUACUCAAAUAAAUAAUCGAUACCUGCCAUCGACCACUUACAUUUAAUCUCGAUUAAUCGCGGCAGGUAAAGUAAAAUUCUUCUUUCAGUACAAUAAAGUGUUUUACUGCCGCAAAUGAGGGCUAAUGAGUACAAUAAUGAAUGACUUUAGUGACGGUUGGCGAUAAAGAUUAUUAUUAUGAAAGUCAGAAAGUGACUAAAUCAAAUUUAAAGCCCCCCCUUCAUGAUCCUGAAGAAAUUUGUCAUUAAUUUAUUACUAAGCUGUUAUUUUUAGUUAUUAAUAAUGAGGGGUAAGAUCGUAUUGACGCGGCGGUAAAUGUGAGUGCGAGUGAGAUGCACCAUUGGACUGCCUGAAUGGCAUCUCUUUUGCACUCAUUAUGGACGGAUGCCUAAUACGUGCAUGGCGCUCAUUAUUUUUUACUUAAAAAUAUCAGCUUAGUAAUCAAAUAAAGACAAAAAUUUCUUCAGGAUCUUGUAGGGGGGCUUCAAACUUUGAUUUGGUCACUUUCUGACUUUCAUAGUAAUAACUUUUAACCGAGUUAUUAAUUAAGCCUUAAAAAUCGCCAUUUUUCGUUUUUUUCAAUUUUAAAAUGCUUUUACCUCGAAAACUAUCAACUUUAGAGAAAAAUUAUAAGAUUCCUUUUUUAUCCAGAAUAGUCCAAAAAACCUAAAAAAAAAUCAUCGAUUACGUCAUCACGCCCAUCCGUCUGGGCGUGAUGACGUAAUCGAUGAAUUUUUUAAAUAGAGUAGGGGUUGUGUGAUAGCUCAUUUGAAAGGUUAUUUAAUUUUCUAUUCAGUAAUAUAGACAUUAACAUAAUUAUUUAUAGAGGGUGUACAAAAAAAUUUUUUUAUUAAAUUAAUUUAGACAAAAAGAAGAAAAAAGUUGUUUGUAUACCCUGUAUAAAUAAUUAUGUUAAGGUUUAUAUUACUGAAUAGAGAAUUAAAUAACCUUUCAAAUGAGCAAUCACACAACCCCUACUCUCAUUUAAAAAACCAUCGAUUACGUCAUCACGCCCAGAUGAAUGACGUCACUAGUAUUAUGUAUAUGCCAAAAAGUCCUAAUUUAAAAAUAAAAAUCGACCUGUCUGAAGAUUUCUCUUCAAAUUUGCCCAUUCUCGAGAUCAUGAAUUUAUGCAAACUCAAACGUCCUCAUUUGUACUACAGUGUCGCGCCCGCUUGAUUAUCAAUUAAAAAACAAAGGGGUUUUCGAUAUUGUAUUGCAAAAAACUCUUCAGGAUUUUAUCAAUCAAUGUUUAAAGAAUAUCUACCUACCUUGGCAACAUUGAAAUUUUUAGUUAAAUGUCCGAUUUAGGGCGAAAAAUGGCCGAUUUCGCAAUUUUCAAAAUUUUUAAUCGCUUAUAUAACAAAAACUAUUAACCUAAGAGAAAAAUCACUAAAGACCUUUUCUGUUUGGAAUGAUUCAAAAAACCUAAAAAAAACUUUGUUCGAUGCAAAAAAGAUAAUUUUAGGAUAACCCCUAAUCUUUCCCCUCGUCUGGCAAGGUCUUAUGCUGUUCAGAAUCGCCUGUCAUUGUACACAUUUCUUCUAAAUGACUUACUCAAACACAUACUUAAAUUUAAACUUUACAGAAGAAAGUUUAUUUUCCCCCUAAACUAUGCACUUUUCGAUUCACCUGGUAGAUACACGUGAGGGCUGAUGCCUGCCAGGUCAUGGUUUUUAGCCUUGGUGUGCUAUGAAUUAUCACUAUUCGCAAAAUUAAAUUCCAACAGAGGGCGCUCAAAAUUUCAAAGAUGGACGACAACGCUAGGAAAACAAUUCAUUUUGUCAUUUGAAUUCACAGUUCUAAAACGUUAAAUUAGAAUCAUUUACAGGAGUGUUUUGCCAAAGUAACCACUAAGUUUUGCAACUAAGACAUCUUAUAAGUUAAAGACGACUCAAAAUUAUGUUUAAUCUGUAUGCAUUCAUUCAUUAAAAUUUGAUGCUAACUACUGAUUUGUUUUUACCUUUUUUUCAUAAAAAAAUCUGGCCCCCGAUAAUCACACAGCGUUCUAAAAAUUAUUAAUCUAUCUUAGGAUUUCUAAUUUUGUUUUUAAUUUAAUUAAUAGGUGCACUACAGUUUAUUUUACACCGACAGAUAACAAUUUUUAAUUAAAUAAAAACUGGAAACUUGGAAACUAAGUAGGUGAAUUUAUUUUAUAAUUAUUGUGUUCUGGAAAUUAGGAAGUGUUCGGGAUAUUUUUCAUAACAAUGUACAUUCUAUGUACAGAAUAUAUACUACAUUUUAUUCAUUUAUUUAAUUUUGCAGUCGCUUAAACAUUAAAAAAUACUACGUUUAAUACAAACGUUAAAUUGACAAAAUGUGUGAUUUGGCAUUGGUUAAUUUAGGUCAUUACGUAGAAUAUAAUAGGAAUGAAUACUGAGGAACACUGCAAUAGUUUUUUUAAGUCGAAAUUAUUGUUAAUUACAACAUAAACUGACCGCAAAUAUAUACACAAGUUAAUGGCAAAGUCAAUGUUUUCCUUGAGUUGAUGCUUUUCAAUUUCGCCACCAGGCGUCGCCCACUUUGCGGUUCCUCGCCAAUACAAAUGUCUAGCCUUACAGGAAGACCUUUAGUCGGAGGGUUCACUAGCUCUUAGACCCUGUGUUUUUAUUUGUCUGACUAAAGUAUUCGAUAUUAUUAUUCCGGUUAUUUACAGCGUUCUUCGCCUUCCGGUUUCCAGCUUCGUCGGUCGUUCCAUUGUUAUAUAUUGUAAAAAGACUUUCUUCUUUUCUUCAAAUUUCAUCUUCACUUCCUCGGUAAACCAUGGGGUUCUCUUUUUUGGUAUGUUAGUAUUCGUUACUUUCUUGUCUCCAAGUGAUUCUGUUGCUGCGUAAAUUAUGAAGGUUAACUAGGUAGGUCCUAGCUGUAUUUAUACCUAAUUUCACUUAAAAACGUUGUCUAUUUUUGCUUUAUUUUGUGUAUACCUAGCGUAUAUUAGAUGCAAGUACAGAAGUUGGCGCGAUAAUAUUUUGACAAGACAUCUCGUAACGCGAACCGUUACUGUUCGUAACGGCACAAUUCGUAACGUAAUAAUUCGUAACGUCAAAAUAUAAUUAGGAAUUCUGUUUAUUUUUGAUAUCAUGGAAACUAAAUUUUAUUACAGUUUCAAUUGAAAUUACGUUUAUCAAUUUAACGAACCAGGGCCUCGAUUUUUGACCCUUCGCUUCAUUAUCGAAGGUAUUCGCUUCGUAUCUGAUUAGUAUACGUAGCGAACACGUUCGAUAACGAAGUGAAGGGUAAAAAAUCGAGGCCCAGCUUCAGGAUAAACAUUUUUAACGUAUUUCAGAUUUCGUGGAGAAAUGUAUUAUUUUUAAAUUAUGUCACAAAAUAAAUAAAAUCUAUUUAUGUAAAUUGUAUUAAAUAUUAUAGCAAAUAUAUUAUUAUUGUUUUAUUUUAUUACAUAACUGUUUUAUUUGUUUCAAUAUUGUACAUCCUUAGUUUUACUAAGUAGGUACUUUAAAAUGAUAGAUGAAGAUAAAAGAUUUAAAAAAAAUUCUCUAGUUUUCAUAUUAACAAGAGUAAUAUGCAAAAAUAAUAACGGUGGUCUUAAAAAAGUACCAUUACUUUUAGUAUACGAAUGUAUGCAUACAUUUUUGUAUAAAUUCAGUAAUACUAAAUUUGCUAAAGGUACUAGUACACUUUAGAAGACCAAAAAUAAUCAUUUUUUUCAAGAAUUUUUUUUCAGAACCUUUAUUAAAAAUUAACAUAAAGCUUAUUACAUAUAUAUGUAACUCUUAGAGAGUACAAAAAAUAUAUCAUUUUUCAUUUAUGCACUCACACUAAUAUUAUAGCGGGCGCAAAACUCAAGGACUCGAAAAAUGAUGGCGGACAAUUAAUCUCAGGAUGGGGAUAUCUGAAACAAAAAAAUCGUACGGCAUUUGAAAAAGGAAGGUUUCUUACGUGACAAUUUACCACAAUAUAUCCAAAAAAUAAAAAAGUAAUAUUUUUUAACCAUGAAAAACUGAAGCAACACGGGCGAUUUUUUCAUAAAUUUUUUUUGCGUAAUUUUUCACUAACUGUGGUAAAUUGUCACGUAAGAAACCUUUCUUUUUCAAAUGCCGUACGAUUUUUUUGGUUCAGAGAUCCCAAUCCUAAAGGUUCUUAGAAAAAAAAUCUUGAAAAAUGCUUAUUUUUGGUCUUCUAAAGUGUACUAGUACCUAAAAGAAAUUAAAUGUUAGCGUUACGAAUUAUACCGUUACGAAUUCUGGCGUUACGCACUGUCGCGUUACGAGUGGUCAUGGAACCGAUAAUAUACUUACAGAAAAUGCUAAAAGACACACCUUAGUAUAAAAUAUCAAUGUAACUGUACAAAUUUGUCGUUGUAGAAGAGCGUGUUGCGCCAGAUGAGUUUGUUUGGUGAAGACAAUGAUUUCUGAAGUGCCUUUUUUGUGAGAAGUGUGAUGUUCACCUUCCAGAAUGUUAUUUAUAUGUGGAGGAUAUAUGAAUCAAAAUGCUAAAUAACAGAUUAUAUGUACAGAUAUAUAUUAUUUUACAGAUUAAUGUACAGUGUGCCAUGUUGAAAUUGUAAAGCCAGAUAUGGCAGUGCAGUCGAAACCAAUAAACUAUAUAUAUCUAA